GUAGGUUCGUAGACUCCCACGCGCUUGUGGAGGUCAGCCCAACUAGGUAAAAUGUAGAGAUUACUGGCUGGUUAGUAGUCGCGGCACACGUUGAGAAAAAUCAAUCACAUCUUCCCGCCUCCGUCGGUUUCCAAGGCAACGCGUAAACAGUAGGGAGACUGCUUUCGGAGCGCGCGGUUCUUUGCAAGUGCUAUGCUAGUGCUACGAUCGUAGGUGUUUAUGUUUUGAAUAUUAUAUUUUAGUUUUGCCUGUGUUGUGAAGUGCAAGGACCAUGGCUGAAGAAGGGGGGGCUCCUGCGGCUACCGAGAAGAUUAUCCACACUUACCCCCUUAUAAGGCACUCGGACAUGUCAGAAGAGAUGCGGAACGAAGCGAUGGAGUUAUCAGUGACGGCCUGCGAGAAGUUUUCCCACAAUAACGAACUGGCUGCCCGCAUGGUCAAGGAGGCAAUGGACAAGAAGUUCGGACCAGCCUUCCAUGUAGUAGUUGGUGAAAGCUACGGCUUCGAAGUCACCUACGAAUGCACCAACAUCUGUUACCUAUAUUUUGGCGGGAACCAAGCCAUUUGUAUUUGGAAGUGCUCUUGAAACCCUAGCGUAUUUAGUUUUUUAAUAAUCAUCGUCGUGGCACAAGCAAUCACGUAUUCCGCCAAAUGUACAAAGCUUUUUACGUUUGAAAAGAAAUAUGAUGCUUGGCACAGUAAAUCGUAAUACGAGGUCAAGAUUUUAAUCGUGUGAAGACUUUUUGUGUAGCUAUGAGUACCUACUUACUCGUGUUUUUAAUUUAUAAAGUCUUUUGAAUACGUUUAAAUGGUUCGCUUUAAUGGUCACUAAUUGAUAUUUUUUAUAUGUUUAAGUGGAUAUCCUAAGUUUUUGUAUUUAAUAACUACAUAUUAGGAUUCCUCGCGAACGAUUUAUAAAGGCAAUAUAAUUGAGUACUUAAUAGGAUAUAUUUUUUUAUAUAAAAUAAUUGAGCAGUAAUAAUUAUUUCCUAUAUUUAAAAAUAAUACUGCAAGUACGAGUACGCAUUACUAGUGUUCAUAAGUUUUCAUUUUUACGGUUACCUCGAUAUACCAAAUUAUCUUUUUGUAAAAGAGCUCGUUUAAAUGUAACGAGCGUUUAAACUACAAUGCUAAUGGAAAUUGUGACGUGUUUUCAUAUGCAAAUGACUAAACAGCACGAAACUGAAGAGUUGGUAAAAAUAAUUCGUUGAACUGUUUGCAUAAUUCGGGAAACAAGUUAGUUUUACCGAUUUCCAUUACACUUAAAUAUUUUUUUAACGAAAUUGUAGAAUACUUAGGACGUUUACCUUUUCAUAAAAGUUUUGCUACAGACGCUAAGUUUUCAAUUAAAGAAUGAGGAACGGUUGAAGCCUCCGUAAAAAAAUCAUCUACAAAUCUUUAUUUUUACAACGAGUUUAUUAUAAAAAUUGAAAGCUGAUGAUUUUGUGUUAAACAAAGUUAAACGUCUCCAAAAAUGCGUCCUCUCCCUAGUCGUUAAGGGUGCAAAUUGUAACCUAUAGCGGUUAUUUUAUUGGUGUAUUGACUGUCUGUCCCCUACGUGUCAUAAGGGAGAGUUCAUGCUACAUUAUUUAGCGGAAUAACAUUUGUAAUACGUCCCUAAUGUGCCUUGGCCAUGUAAUUUAUUUGGAGUCAGAUUAUAAGCUAUUUUUGUUAAAAACAAUUUACAGUGAUAGAGCUGAUUGGAGCCUCAUUUUAAGCGUAAUACCUGUGUCAGGAGAUUCCGCUCUUACAUAAAAAACAAGUUACACUUACACAAAUAAAAUAAACCAACGUGUUUAAUGUGUUAAGGUUGUGAUUUUGUCUUAAAAUUCUUGUUCUUUCAAAAAAAAAAAAAACAUUUU